AUAAUCUCAAGGUUCCAAUUGUUCUUCAUCACCGAAUCAAAUCUUGUUAACACGGAAACUGACCGAAAAACCUGAAAAUAUCUCUGACCACCAAAAGCCGAAAUGAAAUCCUCUUUGAAAUCAACGCCGACUUCCCUUUGAUUUUGCAGUUCAACAAACUCCAUAAAUAUCCAAUUCAAUCAAGACUUCAAAGAAACUCCAUCUCAAGAGAAAGACCUAACACUUCCAAAUUCCAGUUAUAGUACCCUUUCCAAUGGAAUCCCAGGGCCAAAACCCGGUUGUACUAAUCACAGGAUGUUCCCAGGGGGGAAUCGGACACGCCCUGGCACGCGCUUUUGCUGACAACAACUGCAAGGUGGUGGCGACAACCAGGUCUUUAAGCUCCAUGUCGGACCUGCAACAAGAUCCCAGGUUUUAUCUUCAAGAACUCGAUGUUUUAUCAGAGCAAAGCGUGCAACGUGUCAUGUCGAAUGUACUGGAUAAGUUUGGUCGGGUUGAUGUGUUGGUUAAUAAUGCUGGAAUCCAGUGCAUUGGGCCUCUUGCAGAAAUCCCAUUAGUUGCCAUGGAAAAUACCUUUAAUACCAACGUUUUUGGUUCCAUGAGGCUGGUUCAAGCAGUUGUACCUCACAUGGCAUCCAGGAAAAAGGGAAAGAUUGUCAAUGUUGGAAGUGUUACUGCUAUGGCUCCUGGGCCAUGGUCUGGUGUCUACACUGCAUCUAAAGCAGCUCUUCAUGCAUUAACUGAUACUCUGAGAUUGGAGCUCAAGCAUUUUGGUAUUGAUGUCAUCAAUGUUGUCCCUGGAGCUGUGAGGUCAAACAUAGGGGAUUCUGCCGUAGCUGGCUACAACCGAAUGCCUGAAUGGAAGCUAUAUAAACCAUUCGAAGCAGCCAUCCGAGAGAGAGCAUACCUCUCACAAAGAUCCAGGUCGACCCCAACAGAUGUGUUUGCAAAGGAUACCGUGAAUGCAGUGCUGAAGAAAAAUCCACCAGCUUGGUUUUCAUCUGGUCAUUACUCCACUAUCAUGGCAAUUAUGUACCAUUUGCCAAUUUCGGUUAAAGAUUUCAUUAUUAGAAAAGCAAUGAAAGGUUGACUUCUCCAACCUAGAUACUGACUUUUCUUUCUGAGAUAUUUGAUGUCACCAUAUCAUGAUUUUUCUGGCAUUUUAAACCUAAAGGCCAGAUUUUCUGAUA